CGGACAGAAGCCGUACUAAAUUUCUGAAACGUCAACAUGAUCGUGAUGGAAUCUGCUAAUCAAAUUGUGAAUUUCCAUUGAAUUCUGUUAAAUUUACCUCUAAAUUUGUGCAUAUUACUGAAGAAAAUCAAUCUAAGAAGUGUGAAGAUCUAGUGUAGUGAAGUUUUAAUAUGUAGUUAUUCGGGAAGUGGUAGGAAAACUAAAAUCAUUUGAUAUUGUUGAUGUUGUCCACUUGAAGUUGGGAAAAUCAGCAGAAUGUCGCUUCCUGGGAACGGCAUCUUCGUUGUGCAGGGCGAGAUGGCAAUGCUCGUCACUGCCAUGCGCCGGAGUACCCGUUGGGGGUCCCAUUCUUUCCCUAACGAGGAGUAUGAUGUCCUGAUGAGAACCUUUCAAGAUCUGAAGACUAUUUUGAACCAAGUAGAUGAUUUGCGGCUCCUGGACCCAGCGACGUAUUUGAGUCCAUUUUUGGAAGUAAUCAGGAGCAAAGAGACCACAGGACCGGUCACUAGCCUGGCUCUGUCAGCUAUCCACAAAUUUUUGUCAUAUGGCCUCAUAGACCCUACACACCCCAGUGUGCCGGCGACAGUAGAAGACAUUGCCGACGCUGUAACUCAUGCACGAUUUGUUGGCACCGACCACUCCUCAGAUGGAGUUGUCCUCAUGAAGAUAUUACAGGUUCUUCGUACACUGAUGCUAAGUCCAGAGGGUGCUAUGCUCACUGACGAGAGUGUCUGCGAGAUCAUGCUCAGCUGUUUCCGCAUAUGCUUUGAGACCAGACUCACAGAGCUUCUCCGCCGCAACGCGGAGCAGUGCCUGCGCGACAUGACGCAGCUGAUCUUCAUGCGGCUGCCCCAGUUCGGCGCUGAGGACUCCCCGGCCUCCUUCAACACCCUCGGGCUCUCGCUCAAGAAACGAGACAAGACCAGCAAGAAGAAGACCUUGGCUAGUAUUGCCAGUUCACAAUCCCUGGACAGGAAGUCCCCGACGGAGCAGGCCCCGUCGACAGCGGAGCCCACGGUGGACGCUGACAAUGACAACAACAAAGCUGAUAACCUUCGACUCAGCCAAGACAAGAACCUGCUGAACGAGGCAGAGAUAACUAUAGAGCCGGUAGAGGCAGUGAAGAGCCCCACCAAGAAACACGGGCGGCACUCGUCCAUGGACCUCGCCAGCAACAACCCCAUCACGCAGCUGCUCGAGAAGUGUGUCAGCAAUGAGGAGGAGACAGAGGAAGCCAGGCAGGGGGAGACAGAAGCACCAGAGCCAACAACCCCCCCACCGCCAGAACAACCCCAACCUCCACCCGAGAGCGCCCCCCCAGAAGAACCAGCCGACCAGAAGUUGGAGGAGUACGUCAACCACAGAGGAAUCAGGUUCACGCAGGAGGAGGUCGUCAACCUGCAGCCUUAUGGGCUGGUUUGUGUGCGGGAGUUGUUUAGGUUUCUAAUAUCCCUCUGCAAUCCUCUGGACUCACAAAACACAUCUGCGAUGGUGCACCUAGGUCUGUGCCUCGUCGGUACGGCACUGGAAGUUGGUGCCGACCAGAUAGCCAAGUACCCAUCCUUGCUUUACCUAGUGAAGGACCCACUCUGUCGGAAUUUAUUAAGUCUGUUGAGCACAGAACGGAUAUCAAUAUUCGCUCUGGACCUGCAAGUAUCGUUCCUCCUCUUCGAAGCUCUGCGCUUCCACCUUAAGUUUCAAAUGGAAGCGUUCUUCAAGAAGAUAAUAGAAAUCAUCUCGACUGACACUACCAAAGCCAUUUACGAGCUGAAAGAAAUACACCAUUUAGCGUUAGAGAGCUUAGCUCAGCUAUUUAGGAUACCCGGACUUUGUACCGAGCUGUACCUUAACUACGAUUGCGAUGUUUAUUGUAUGAAUGUUUUCGAAGAGAUAACAAAACUCCUUUCCAAAAACGUGGUCUCAUCAACAGCGUAUAACAUUCAUACAUUAUCUUUAGAAGCGUUACUGGCCAUCAUAGAAGCCAUCGAAAGCGGCAGUCAGGCGAGCCAAGCGAAGGAAAGUAAGAGUGAGACGGAAGUAGCGUGUUUGGAGGAUGAGAAAGAGAUAAAGUACGGGCGUAGUGGGCAUAUAUCGCUAGAGUUGGGAGGUAUGGACGAUGUAUCGGUGGUGAGUGACCAUGUGACUCAUGAUAUAAGUCAAUACUACGGCGGUGGAAGAAUGGGCAGACACAAACCUACCUCAGACUUGCCUACGGAAGCGGAAUUGGAUAACACUAGGAAUAUGAAAAAGUGGGUCCAACAAGGCACAGAGCUGUUCAACCAGAAGCCAGAGAAAGGCAUAGAGUUCUUACAGGAGCACGGCGUGUUAGCCACGCCGCUGAAUCCCCACGAGGUCGCCAUCUUCCUAAGAGAGAACCCCGAUUUGGACAAGAAGAUGAUCGGCGAAUACAUCUGCAAGCGUUCAUCUCGAGGCGAGGACGAUGGCCCGAGCGUACUAGGAGCCUUCGCAGACAGCUUUAACUACACCGGCCUGCGCAUAGACCAGGCACUGCGGCUUUACCUGGAGACAUUCCGACUACCGGGGGAGGCGCCGCUCAUAUUCCUCGUCAUGGAGAGAUUCGCUGAGCGCUGGCAUUCGACAAACGGCGAACCCUUCGCGAACACAGACGCCGCGUUCCGCCUGGCUUACGCCGUAAUAAUGCUAAACAUGGACCAGCAUAACCACAACGCUAAGAAACUAAACGUGCCCAUGACGGUGGAGGACUUCGUCAAGAACCUGCGCGGCUGCAACGGCAGCGGGGACUUCGACCAGUCCAUGUUGGAGGCAGUGUUUCACUCCAUCAAGGGCGAGGAGAUGGUGAUGCCGGCGGAGCGCACGGGCGCGGUGCGCGAGGCGUACCUGUGGCGCGUGCUGCAGCGGCGCGGCGCCGCGCCCGCCGCGCGCUACCGCGCCGCGCCGCCCGCACACCCGCACCACGCGCGCCUCUUCGCGCACGCCUGCCCGCCCACGGUGACAGCCCUCUCGGCGGCCUUCGAGCGCGCGGCCCCGCCCACAGCGGAGGAGAUAGAAACCAACAACCUACGAGACAGUCCCGCACUGGUCUCCCUCGCCGGGCUAGAGCGAUGUGCCGCGCUAAUAUCAAGACUACCUCCAACUGAAAUUACGUUAGACACCCUACUGUUGACGCUUUGCAAGUUUACCGGGCUGUUGAACCCACAACACGCGAACUAUAUCGCUAUUGGCGUAACUCUCGGGCAGUCAGUGAAGGCGCAGCUAGCGUUGCGCCGCGCAUGCGCGGUGGCGGCGCGGCACGCGGACUGCAUCCGCGACUCGUGGCGACAUCUGUUGGAGAUAGUGCGCACCCUGUAUAUAGGACGACUGCUGCCUAAAAGUCUUAUGGAAGUGGAGGACUACCUGGACGCGAGCGGCACGGUGUCUCUCAUUCGAGACUCCUCGCGAGGCUCAGAGGCAGGCCUGCUGUCUAGCCUCUACUCCUACAUCGCUCUGGGAGAGUCGGGUAUCCGCGCCCCCACUCCUCACGAGAAGGCCCUGAUAGACGCGGCCACCGAGUGUGUCGCUAAGUGCAACCUGCCCGGCCUGCUGGUCACAGAGACUAAGUUCCUGCAGCUGGAGAGCUUACAGGAGUUAAUCCGCGCUAUGCUGACCGUGGGCACGCCUCCAGAUUCCGACAGUCUACAGCUAAACCCUCAACUCGAAGACAUCACCAUAUUCUUCCUCGAACUACUCGGGCAGACGCUUAUACAGAACAGAGAUCGGCUGCUGUCCGUGUGGUCGGAGGCGGGCCCACAUCUGCAGCGCUGCGUGUUGUGGUCGGCGGGCCGCUGCCCGUACGCUUUGACGCGCACGUUAACAGCGCUGCUGCGCGUGUGCGCCCGCCUCAUGCGCUGCGCCGCCUGCGCAGGCCACGUGCUGCGCCUGCUGCGAGUGCUGUUCCUGCUGCCCUAUAAACUCUUCCUGCAGCACGCUGAUGAGAUAUCAUGCGGUCUGUACGAGCUGGUGAAGACAUCCGCGCAGAACGUACACUCGACCGAAGAAUGGAACAUCGUGUUCUCGCUGCUGUGCGCGGCCGGCGCCGGCGCAUGGCCCAAGGACGCCGCCACCACCACUAUUGGCACUGCAUCAAGCCGCUCGGAAGGUUCAGAAGACGAGAGUGACAAACGCCCCACCAGCGUGUCCUCAGAGAGUGAACUCUCUCACUCGCCGCAGACGCAGGGAUGGAUACUGGUGAAGAACGAAGGCGGCGCGGCGUCGGAGUCGACGGAGCUGGACAUGGAGCAGGUGUCGCUGCGGCUGCACCGCGCGUCGGCGCUGGCGCGCGGCUGCGAGGCGCUGGCGCUGGUCAUCCGCGACGUGGCGCACGUCACGCCCUACAACUGCCGCGCCGCCGUCAGGGCCGUCAGGCUCUUCGUCAGCGCCACGCUGCGAUCCAGCAAGAAACCAAAGUCCCGCGACAGCCGCUCCCGGCCGCGCUCAGGCCACUCGUACUCCUCGUCGGAAGACUCUGACAGCUCCACGCUGGACCAGUACCACCUGGUCAGCAUCCAGCUGCUGGACCUCAUGCACACGCUGCACACCAGGACCCAGCAGAUCUUCAAAUGGUGGCGGGACGAGGCCGAAGGGCAAGAUGGUGAAGACUACGAUCUAUGGGAGGUGGCGUGGAAGCCACUGUUGCAAGGAAUCGCACAAUUCUGCACAGACAAACGGAAGCAGGUGGCCAACAGCGCCAUCGCGUACCUGCAGCGCGCGCUGCUGGUGCCGGGGCUGGCGGCCAUGGGCGGCGGCGGCUGGGAGGCGUGCUUCCACGGCGUGCUGUUCCCGCUGCUGCAGCAGCUGCCGCGCCGGGCCGACACCGCGGCCCGCGCCAACACCAUCAUGUGCAAGGUGUUCCUGCAGCACCUGUCGGCGCUGUCCCCGCGGGCGUCGUUCCCGGGCGUGUGGGCCCGCGUGGUGGACGUGCAGCGAAGCCUCAUCGCGGGCAGCGCCGACGACCCGCUCACCGAGGCCGCGCUCGAGUCGCUCAAGAACAUGAUACUCGUCAUGGACUCUGUCAGGAUAUUCAGUAACGGAGAUGGGUACAACGACUUGUGGUACAUGACGUGGAACAAGAUCGGAGAGUUCCUGCCUAACCUCAAGGAAGAGUUGUUCCCUCAAGUGCAAGACGCCGCACGGCCCACAUCGAGCCUGCCCCCUCACAUGCAGACCAGCAUCCCAGCCGCUCUGCCCACCUUAGUCCCCGUCGCCAACAGUACGCCCACUCUCGUCCCCGUCCCUCCCCACCCACAAACACCCCCUUCACCCCAAACCCCACCAACAUUCGCACAAACUCCCGCCAACUUAGCACAGACAGUGUUAGCUCAAAAUAUGCAACCGACAUUGGUCCCGCCAGCGAGCCAAACGUUGGGCCAACGUCCGGCCAACGUGUUGGGCCACUCGCCCGUGAAUGUUGGCCAGACUGCCCCGGUCCUAUCCUCUACUCCAACGUUAGUAGCUCCCACUCCUGUAAGCGGUAUGGUCCCGAUAAGGAACCCCCUAUACGACCAAGCGGGGUUAACAUCCUCCGUGCUUCUCAAGCCAUUAAAUGAGAUGAUUUCCACGCCUAUUGGAAUAUCCAUUCAGGCUCAAAUGCCGAUUUUGUACCAUCAGACUGAUCCUGUGGAAUCGAAACCAGAAAACAAACUUGACCCAAUACCACCGCCGGAAACCGAACCCCACCAGAUAUCCCUACAGACAGACCUCGUAACAGCACAGAGCACUACAACACUAGACAUCUUAGACAACAAAGUGGCCCUAGACACAAAAGUCGAACACAGCGAGCUCUACGCCGAGUACCUAACAAACCCAUACAAUAAUAGCAAAGACAUUUCCAAAGAAGCGACCUUGUACGACCCUGAACUAGCUCUCAAAGACUUAUCCGAACAAGAAACAGCCUCCUUACUAACCGCCAUGGAGAAACAAAAAUCUCUAAGUGAAAAUACGACUCCGAUGCAUAGGAAUAAAGCUCAAUUCGGGUCUAGUGAUAAUGUGAGGCAGGAGUCUAGUAUAUUCAACUUUUCGAGUUACUUCGGCUCGAACCAGGGGUCGGAGGUGUUUGACACGCUGAUGUCUACGCAGGAAGGAUAGCCGGAGUGUGAUGUCGGUACGUGGCUAUAACUAUAUGGACAUGAAUUGUUUAUAGUUAUCUUUUAGAAUAACAUUCAUCAUUGCAUCUCCGAAGGGGUAGGCAAAAGUGUAUAGUAUAUAUGUUACUGUAAAAACUCGAACUACGGUAAAUCUUAAGAUUUAAAAGUCUUAGGAUUUACCGACAUGAGUUGGUAAAUGUAAGUAUUUCUGAAAAUACGACUUCGAGCUUUUACCAUUCGAAUUCAGUAUAUGCUAGGUUAUACCACUGUCAGCUGGUAGGUGUUGGUUUAUGAAUAAAACAUUGAGUAAUUCUUAAGUAUUUACUUUAAUGAACUAUUAGACAAAACAGGUACAUAGUAUUAUAAAGUUAGUAUACAUAGUAUUGUUUUUCGAUAUUUACCGUGCCAUUAAUGUAAAUCCUAAGAUUUACCAACGGAAUAGUGGUAAAAGUUCGAAUCGCAAACCUUCUGGGCCAUUUACCAUUAGGAAUAGGUAGAUCUUAAGGUUUUACUCCUAUCCUACAAUACUGGCUAGUAUAGACAAGCGCGAGAAACGACACGGAAGUGUGAGGGCCGAUUUACCACCUGUGCCGUCUAAUAACCCUCAACUACAAUGCCAGUCGUGCGGCCGCUACUGUCGCUCUCGCGUCGGACUUUACAGCCAUUUUAAAAGCUGCCACAGAAACGCUGUUUGAAUCAUCUGAGAUGAUGACUGCAGUUCGAGCUUUUACAGUAACAUAUAAACCCACUCCUUGCCAGACGUUUAAAUCGCGUGUAAUAGGGGGCAAGAAUAUUGGCAUUAACCGGGCACAAAUCCUGGAAACCACGUGAUAUCAACUAUCUAUGAUCCAAACAUAGAAUUCGAGUCGGAAUUUGAACCCGUAACUUCACCCUUUCACGGGCGGAGACCAUGGGUCAUUGAUGGUUCAUUAUAGAUAGUAUGACACCUUAGAAUCGGAACGUCAUUAGACGUUCUGUCCUUGAAAGUGUUAAAAUCCCGACAUAGUAUAAACUAUAAUAAACAGACCCUUAUAUUUCGCGCGGCGCGAAUUAUUUAGAGCGACCAAUACACGCGAAUGCUAUCUACGUGGAUAAACUUUGCCGUCGUUGGUCGAAGCCCUCGAUAUAAUUCGCGCGCGGUACCCGUGCCGAGGGCGAUGUAGAUUGUCCUAAAAUCUUUCUAACUUAUGUUUCCCUUCCUAUAUGCAAAUGUUACAAAAUGUUGAUAUACUCUCUUCCCUGUUUCUAACUAUUUAUCUUUCAAUAAUCUUGUGACUACAUAAAUACACGAAAUAAGAAAUUAAGUCCCAGUAACGGGCACAAAAGAAUAUUUAAUAGUAAAUCAUCAUUGUUGCAAUAGAUGUAUAAUUAUACAGGGUGUUAGUGACAUCGUAACGAAUACUAAGGGGGAUGAUUCAGACCAUGAUUCUCGAGUUAAUAAUAAAGUGGAAUUUUCCUUCAUGAAAAGGAGAAUGGGCGAAACUGGUCCAAGAACUUCCACUGAUGAGACUUGCAUGUAAUGAAAGCUUAUGCUUUUCCUAUGAUUCUGGCAAAAUUCUAUCAGAAUCUGUCGAAGUUAUUUAUAUUUUUUAAAUUAUUUUCAAUUCUAUACUUUUGCCAUGGAAAAUUCCAACUCAGAAUAAUCAGCUGAUGAUUCCCUCGAGGGGUGAUCCCCUCUCAGUAUUUGUUACGAUGUCACUUACACCCCAUACAAGUACAUAUAGGUAGCCAUACAAGUACGUAUGGGUGUUAGUGACACCGUAACGAAUACAGAAAGGGAUAAUUCAGACCAUGAUUCUGAGUCAUAUCAAGUGGAAUUUUCUGUCGGAAAAGUCACGAAAAUUUUAGUAUUUUUUUAAAUUAUUUUCAGUUCUAUACUUUUGCGACGGAAAAUUUCGCUGGAUAUCAACUCAGAGUCAUGGUCUGAAUCAUCCCUCAAAGUUUUCGUUACGAUGUCACUAAUACCCUGUAGAAAACACAGUCAGUAUUUUUACAAUUAUGGUGAAAUUGAUGUUUUAGUGAACCGGGUUAGAUAGAUAGAAUUAAAUAAUUUAUACUUAUCUCAUUAAUAGCUUGUUUUGAAUAACAGCUGAUAGAAUAGGGGUAAAAAGGCCGCAUCGAAGCAAUUUUAUCCAUGGGUGACCACUGCAAUUUUAUCCAAUCCACUACGGAGACAGGUUGUAUGCGACCUGGUCGACUUAAAAGCUGGAUCCACUCCUGGCUGCCGCCACUGGGCCGGCCUUUUGUCGUCUCUUUUUUUAUAUAACAUCCACCACAAUUUCAUCAUAUGGUAAGAGACGGCCUGAGAUGGAACGUGCUUACCCAGUAAAUACCUAUUCGGUCCAGUUAGUCUACUAGGAGGCGAAAGAUCCAUAGAUCUAGGAUUUUCGCGCCUACUGCAUAUAUCUAAAAAAAUAUGGAUUACCUACAGAUGGAAUUUUGAAAGUAUGUUAGGGUUGCAGUACAUCUGAUGGCACUUUUCUUUGCUUCUCUAUCCUUUUCUCUCACUCAGAACUGUCUCGCUCUAACAAAUGAAGGUUCUGAGUGAUAGAAUAGGAUCGAAGCAUAGGAAAGUGCGAUGCGGUGUGUGAACCCUUACACUUUGUCUUUUAGGUUUAUAUUCAAGGAAAAAAAUAAAUGAAUAACCUCUUGGGUAUCUUGAAGUGGUUAACUUCUACAAAAUAUGAAUUUAUUUAGUUAGUGAAUUGUAUCAAAAUGGUUCAUCGUUAAGUUUACUCUAUGUACAAAAAAUCAAAAUUAAUUUGUGUAGAAUGUUUUAUGGCCUCCUUCUUUUCUUAUACCACAGAUCAUAUAUAUACUAUUAAUAUUGGUGGCCAUUCGGGCAACCACUAACUUAAUUUAACAGGAGUAAAACUAAAUCUAUCUCUUUCGUCCACGUAUUGUAAGUGAAGGACGAUACUAGUUCAAGAACAUUCAAAUUAAAACUAUGUAAAGUUUGCGUCCGCCCGAAUAGGCGCCAUUGUAUAUAUGUUUAUAAUUAACUCUAAAUAAUUGAUUACAUUCCAAGCCCGUUUAUAUUAUAUCUUUAAUCUUACACUAGAAUAUAUUAUAUAUAUUUAUUUCGUGAAUAGGACACAUUAUUCACUUUUCAAAUAAUUGGGUUUCCUAGGUCAAAGAUAAAUUACGAAAUUCUGAUGACUAAAUACAGACAGAUCUAAAUGUGACAAAAAUGUUUUCUUUUUUCUAUUUAACUUAUUUAUGAAUUUUAAUAAAGAAAAAUUUAAUAAUAAGUUGGACAUUUUGUCACGUUUUUCUGUGACGUCCUAGGUUGUUUUUUCAUACAUAUUCCAUAGUAAUUUCGUGAUUUGACGUUUAUUAAAAAGUAACUGAUUUGACUAGUUGGAAACUACCCCAUGUUGGCCCAACAUCAUCUCUAUAGCGUUACCCCUUUUUCACGGGGUCCUCUUACAUUUGACAAACAUUUGGUUUUUUAUAGAAGCGACUGCCUGUCUGACCUUCCAGCCCGAAGGGAAAACCAGCCCAAUACAGGUUACGCCCCACGUCUGUGUAUUCCCGUGAGUGUAAGUUUUGACUAUGACACCAAAAAAAUCUGUGUUGCAAAUGAUGCAAACUGAAUUAUAAUUUAUUUUGACAGGUUUAAAACUAGCUUUAUCUCUGUCUUGCACUCGUAGAAAGUGAAGGACGCACUAUUUUUAGUGCUAUCAGACUAAAGUCGACUAGAAUUGGCGCCAGUAAUUCAUAAAAAUACCAGUUUUUCUUUCAAAAUUAACAUAUAGCAUAAUAUUUUCUAAGGGAAUAUGGUUGACACGUGUAAUUAUGAGUAAAUAUUUUAUAUUUCUCUUAUUUUGAAAAAGUAGAGACUUUCUUUUAUUUAUUUUAUUAUUUAUUAUUAUAUUUAUUGUGUUUUCUUCUAAAAGAUGAAACUUUCUUUAACUAAAUUUUUAAGUCAAUUAUACCAUUUUGUUUAGUCUUUAUAUUAAGUAGUAUGUCUUGUCAAUUAUCCAUUUCUUUAAAAUGUUAUGCGUUUUAAUGUAUAUUGUCUUUUUUCCAUAUAAAUAAUUACUAAAAGAAUAAUUUACUCAAAUAAUGGGUUUUGUUGUGUAGUAACUUUCACCUUUUAAAAUAAAUUGGCGUUAAACGUACACCCAUUUAUGCAUUUUCAGGGUUAAUAUAGUAUUUUUGGAUCAGACAGUGUGUAAAUUGUGUAAUUAUUGUUUCGUUAUUGUAUAGAGAGUUAUAUUAUGUACCAAUUUAUCAGUGUAUAUUUAACAAUUUAUUAAUAAAAACGUGUUUAACGAA